UUUAAAUAGAUCAGAGGAUGAGAGAGUGUUCUCCUAUUGUAUCCAUAGACACCCCACUGUCACACUAGACAUUCCCAUUAUCGGCUGUGCUGACCAUUAUGUAUUUUGCUCUUUCCACAGAUGCAGCAGCUCUUCUACGAGAAUUACGAGCACAACAAGAAGGGUUUCAUCCAGGAGCUCCACAGCAGCAAGAUCCACAACGCCAUCACACUGCAUCCCAACAAGAGGCCUGCCUACCAGUACCGGCUACACGGCUACAUGCUGAGCCGCGACAUCUCCCGGCUACGCUACCGCACCAUCCUCCUGCACCGCGAGGGCCUGGCCAUGAGUCGGCUCAGCGAUACAGAGGUGCAGUGGGAGGAUCAACAGCUGGGGGCGCAACCUUCCUACACGCGCUACCAGCCCGCUGAAAGAGGGGACGUCAUCGAGUGGGACUUCCUCACUGGCCGACAUCUGUACUCAACGGGGGAAAACCAGAUGCCCCGGCAGGGCCUCGGGAGCCUGCUCCGGACUGCCCUGGAAGACACAGUGCUUCAGGUAAUGGAGAUGAUCAAUGAGAACUCCAAAGCCCGCGGGCGUGUUAUCGACUUCAAGGAGAUCAAGUAUGGCUACCGCAGGGUUGACCCCGUGCACGGGGCUGAGUACAUUCUGGACCUACUGCUUCUGUACAAGAAACACAAAGGGCGCAAAGUGACAGUACCUGUUAGGAGGCAUGCGUACCUGCAGCAGUCUUUCAGUAGGCCCUUCUUCAGUGAGUCUGAGGAAUUGGAUGUUGUUGAGCUGGUGGAGGCCAUCAACACCGAGUCCCAGUCCUUCUCUUUCCUCUCCAACUCCCUCAAGAUCUUCUCGCCUUUCCAAUUCUCUGAGUCGACCAGGGAGAUGCACGAACGCAGCCAGAGAAAGGUCAACAUCCUGGUCCCGCUGACAGGCCGGUACGACAUCUUCGUCCGCUUCAUGGAGAACUUUGAGAAGAUCUGUCUGAUCCCCAACCAGAACGUCAAGCUGGCCAUCAUAUUGGUGGACAACGACAGCAACCAGGACAGGGAGAAGCACUUGGACUUGAUCAAGGAGUACAGCAAGAAGUAUCCCAAAGCGGACCUGUCUGUCAUCCCCAUGACGGGCGACUUCUCCCGGGGGCUGGCUCUGGAGCUGGGCUCGUCGCAGCUUGACAACGACACACUGCUCUUCUUCUGUGACGUGGACCUGGUCUUCAACGGGGACGCCCUGCAGCGGUGUAGGCACAACACCAUCCAAGGGAGGCAGGCUUACUAUCCCGUCGUCUUUAGUCAGUACGAUCCAAAAGUUGUCUACGCCGGCAACACCACCCCUGACGACAGCAGUUUUGUGUUCACCAAGAAAAGUGGCUUCUGGAGGGAUUACGGCUUUGGAAUCACCUGCAUAUUUAAAAGUGACUUGCAAAAAGCUGGCGGUUUCGAUACGUCGAUCCAAGGCUGGGGAUUGGAAGAUGUAGACCUGUUCACUAAAGUGAUUAACUCCGGUUUAAAAGUGUUCCGCAGCCAGGAACCAGGAAUCGUCCACAUUUAUCAUCCUGUUCAGUGCGACACUAGCCUUGAGCCCAAGCAAUACAAAAUGUGCCUCGGGUCUAAGGCAAGUACUUACGCAUCUUCGAUGCAGUUAGCCGAGCUGUGGCUGGAGAAACACUUAGGUGCAGGGUACAACAGAACUUCCACCUGACAUUCCCGCUCUCUGUGGCUCCUCAAUGGAGGUUACCUCAGUUCUGCAGACAGCACUGUGCUGUGUGAGUAAGAAAGAGAACAAACAGCAGAGAGAGAAAAAGAGAGAAAGUUCAAGGGUACGCUCAAUUAUCUUUGGUGCAAUUUGUCGUGUUCCUCUGGUGAUUCGUUUUUUUCGUCAAUUCUUUACAGCGUCUUCCGAAGGACAUUGUAAUGUAUUUUACUCACGGCUUGUUGGGAACUGUGAUGUGGUUUGUUUCGUUCCUGUUUCUGUUGUUGUCAUGAGAUUCACAUGUAUGCCUCAGGACCACAUAUUUUUAUCACCUGGCCAUCUCCAAUGAAUGUGUGUUUUGUAGCCUUCCGUUGGAUUAGUUGCACAGAGCGCCCCUCGCCUACUGUGAAAAUGACACUGACAACAUCACCAGAGAACAAAAGCAGUAAUAAUGUUGAUAAUAAUACUGAAACAAUGACAAUAAUGCUAAUAAUACAUGUACUGAAAGUACCACAAAUGUGCUUUAAAGCUCCCAGAUGGGAAACAGACUGUAAACUAGAGUUUUCUAAUUCAUACAAAGAAGAACCGAAAGUACUUCAUCCGCAGUAUUUUUUAAAGAAGCGUGUGAAUAAUUUUGAUGAUUGUAUCUUUAUUUUCUAGUCAAAAUAUUUACAUGGAUUUAAGGUACUGGAUACCGUCCAACAUUCGCUGUGUUCUUAAUCUCAUUGCAAAGGCCCACAUUAUAUCAUUCUGUCUGAUAUGUGACCAUGCUUCAAUGAACAAAAAGGCAUCUUGUCUCCAUUAUUUUAGCUUUGUGGCUUAGAAGUCGUUCAGUUUGCUGGCAAGAACAACUAAGGUAUAUUAAAAUGGGUUAUUUAUAA